ACGCAGUGAGCUAAAGGGACUGCGCGCACAGUCAGUAAGCGGUGGGCGAGGAGGCGGGAGGCGUGUGCCGUGCCGUUUCGGCGGCCUGGAAGGGGAACUGCGCGCUUGAGGUGACCAGGGACUGAGCAUUUCAGAUCUGCUUGGUAAACCUGGUGCACCACCAUGCUGGCCGCAAGACUGGUGUGUCUCCGGACACUACCUUCCAGGGCUUUCCACCCAGCUUUCACCAAGGCCUCCCCUGUUGUGAAGAAUUCCAUCACGAAGAAUCAAUGGCUCUUAACACCCAGAAGGGAAUAUGCAACCAAGACAAGAAUUGGGAUUCGGCGUGGAAAAACUAGCCAAGAGCUCAAGGAGGCAGCUUUGGAACCAUCAUUGGAAAAAAUAUUUAAAAUCGAUCAGAUGGGAAGAUGGUUUAUUGCUGGAGGGGCUGCUGUUGGUCUUGGAGCUUUAUGCUACUAUGGCUUGGGAAUGUCUAAUGAGAUUGGAGCUAUUGAAAAAGCUGUAAUUUGGCCACAGUAUGUGAAGGAUAGAAUUCAUUCCACCUAUAUGUACUUAGCAGGAAGUAUUGGCAUAACAGCUUUGUCUGCCCUGGCAGUGAGCAGAACUCCAGCUCUCAUGAACUUCAUGAUGAGAGGCUCUUGGGUGACAAUUGGUGCAACCUUUGCAGCCAUGAUUGGAGCUGGAAUGCUGGUACAGUCAAUAUCCUAUGACCAGAGCCCAGGCCCAAAGCAUCUUGCUUGGUUACUACAUUCUGGUGUGAUGGGUGCAGUGGUGGCACCUCUGACGAUAUUGGGGGGGCCUCUUCUCGUCAGAGCUGCAUGGUACACAGCUGGCAUUGUAGGAGGCCUCUCCACCGUGGCCAUGUGUGCGCCCAGUGAGAAGUUUUUGAACAUGGGAGCACCCCUGGGCGUGGGCCUGGGUGUCGUCUUCGUGUCCUCACUAGGAUCUAUGUUUCUUCCACCUACCACUGUGGCCGGUGCCACUCUGUACUCAGUGGCAAUUUAUGGUGGCUUAGUUCUUUUCAGUAUGUUUCUUCUGUAUGAUACACAGAAAGUAAUCAAGCGUGCAGAAGUAGUACCAGUGUAUGGAGUUCAAAAAUAUGAUCCCAUCAAUUCGAUGCUGGGAAUCUACAUGGAUACAUUAAACAUAUUUAUGCGAGUUGCCACUAUUCUGGCAACUGGAGGCAACAGAAAGAAGUGAAGUGACUCAGUUUCUGACUUCCUUCAUACUUCAGAUAUCUGGCUUGUUUAAUAGGGGCAGAUAUUCUUUAAAUAGUGCGUGCAAGCAGCUUUCAUUGAAGUUUAGAAGAUAAGAACUUGUCAACAUGUUUCAAGUGUUCCAGUAAUGUGAUGCUUCAGGUCUGCUUUUUCUUCUGGAGAAUAAAUUCAGUAGUCUCUUCCAAAUAGCACACACAUAUUCAAUUCUCAUGUUUGAAUAACUUUUAAAUGUUCUAAUGAAUGUGAAAACCAAGUUCUGUGUUGCAGGAAUUAAGUAUUUUGUCUAUUUUUAAAUUCAUUUGGUUAAGUGAAAUUUAGCAAACUUGUGAACCUGCAUUUUUUCAUUUUGGAAUGUGGAAUAUUAACAAGUAAUAUCAUAAGUGAUGUAGGGGUUUGGUAAAGGGACCAGAGAGAAAUAAAGAGUCACCUGCAAGUCUUUCUUUGACUACUUGGAGCUUAGCACUCAUGUAAGUGUGGUGAGCCAGUGAGGGGGUCUGGAUGUUUGGAAAUAAGUCAUGGCUGUGCAUCUGCUGAACUUAGAGAAGCAUUGAGCAGAAAACGAAGGACUUAGGUGAUGCUCUGGGCUCUCCUUACAGUAUAAAUGUGAUCAUAUUUGGCUUCUCAUUGUUUGACACUGUUAGGAGAAUCCACAAUGCUAAUCAUACGGAGAAUUCCUGUUAUAUAUGUUAUGUGUGUGUGUAAGUCAUACUUUUGAAUCAUCUAGAACAAAAUAUCCUUAAAAUACUCAGGAAAAAAUAUUCAAAGCAUGAAAAUGGUUGCAUUUUUAAGGAAUCAAACAAUAUAGUAUACAACUGUUCAUAGUUGUUGAAUAGUUUUGCAAAUUUGCCUUUCUCAUCUCUUCAGGCUUUAAAGCUUUUAUCAGAAAAGCCUGUUUGUGGUUUACACUUGAGAUUAUGAAAGCAGUUUUUCCCCUCAGCUUUGGUGUCUUGCGGUCCCUCUCAGAGGAAUCACUGAAAAAAAGAAGGCAAAGCGAGGCUUCUUUCAUGAACAAAAAUGUAAUGGAGAAAAUGUUUCAUUAGAGUUUGCGCUAGCAGAAUUUUCCUUCUCUCCUCCACAGACCAUUAUUUAACUCUUGUGCCAUUUCUAAGUUUUUGAUACAGAAGAGUUAUUUUUGGAAGUUCUUAUGAAUGAAAAAGUGUAUGAUUAUUGAGAUAGUUGGUGUUUUGACAAAUAUUUAUUACAGUAAUCCAUAAAUAACUAUUCUGAUCACCUCAAGUUACAUAGAAUGCUUAUUUCUGAAAUAAUAAAGGCUCUAGCCAGA